CAGUUCGCUUCAGGUUGCCAGGCCUGAUGGAUAUUAGGCUGCGCACAUAGAGCAGGCUCCCCUCCCCGGCCCCCGAGCAAGAGCGAGGAAGAAGCGGUGCGCUGUUUAGGCGCUGGUUAGGUGCCUGGUGCAUCAGGGUAGGGGGGACCGACCGCGGUCACGUGACCGAGCUGCGUUUUGAGCGCAUUAACGCAGACUGUAAAUAGAGAGUGUACAUAGUGUGAUACCGUGAGUGAGUGAGGUUUUAGUUGGCAAUGAGUUCAAAUAAUAAAUCUUUGGUGUCCUCUGGUGGAAGAGGCGCCAAUAAAAACAAAUCACAACAUGGCAAAUCAGAUCAUCAUCAAACUAAAUCAGAUUCGACAAAACAUGACAAGGCUCAGCAAAAUACUAAUCAGAUCCGGCACGCACAAAUUAUCGACACCAGAAUGGCGGGAGGUGAGGAUCCUAUCCUGAAGGAACGUAUCAAGCAGGUCAUGGAUAUGACUCGACGUUCGGAAGACGAAGUGAUCAUGGCUUUGCAUGAUAGCGACGGAGAUUUGGAUCGUGCCGUCAACGAUCUUUUGGAGGGAGUGAAAACAGAAUGGGAAGUUAAAAAGAAGAAGCCGCGUCAGCCUAGCGGUUCAAAACAGAAUGCGGAUCAAUCAGGUGGUCAGGAUGACAGUGGCGAUUGGGAGGAACGACGCAAUCAACGAGGUGGCGGUGCUCCGCGUAUGCGAGGUCGUGCUAAUCACGACAAUCGUGGAUGGCGUGGACGAGAAAAUAAGGAGAAUGAGAGGAACAUGGAGGAUGGUGUUCGUGAUGGCAGCUAUAGCAGAAGAGGCAGAGGUGGGCCCGGAAGAUCGGGUCGUGGAGGUCGUGGCGGUGGCAGAGGUCUUGGUCCAAGAACAUUUGCGAACCGCAACGAUCCAGCGUCUGGCUCGGCUCAUAGCUUUAAUCGACCGAUUGACACCUGGACAGGUGAGGAGCAGCAGCAGAGUAAUCAAGAACCAAAAAUAGAUGCUUGGAAUAACUUGGAUUCUACAGAAGACUGGGACAACGAGGAAUAUACAGGAUCUUUAGCAGAUACUAAGGUCUUUACACCGAGCACGAAUAUUCUUGAAGCUCCUCCUGCUUUAGAAGAAUCAAAGCCUCAGGAAAUACCACCAACGCAAUCGGGCCAAAGCGUUAAUCUUUCAUUGCUCCAGCAAGAAGAAUUACCAAAAUUGUCGGAAAUAUCCGCGUUGCAGCAGCAGAGUUUGAUACAACAACCUCAACAACAACCACAACAGCAACAAACUGUAUUAGGCUUACCAACGAUGCAAUUGCCGCAACAACCUAGUGCUAUUAGCAGUGGUGUAUUAACAGCAGCGCAAACACAAUAUCUGACGCAACUUACUCAGCAGACGAGCGAAAACUUGAAAGCGGCUGGACAAACAUCGUUUUCGUCAUCUAUGUCUAGUCAGCCCCAAAGACAAACAAAACAACGUCCAAGAGUUCCUCCACCAUCAAAGAUACCAUCGAGCGCUGUAGAAAUGCCAGGCGACGCGGUGAAUAGUGGAAUCGGAUUUCUCGAUGUACAAUUCGGUGCGCUUGAAUUCAGUAGCGAUUCAAGCUCCAUCGACGGUUCGGCAAACGAGAAAUACAAUUCCACAAAUAGUACAAUUCCCGGCGUAGACAUGACUUCUGGUGCGAGCACCGUAAACACUGCCAAUACAAGUAAUUCGCUCGACAUUGAAACGACGCAGACUUCCACCGCACCAUUCAACGCCAGUUCUCAGAUGUUAUCAAGUACCGACAAUUUGCCAGUAUCGAGCGAGCAUUCGAUCAGUUCCCAAAAUUUCACUCGUGGCAGUAGCACUGGCCAAAGUUUGGACAUAACUAAACAAGACUUUACGUCACAAGUCUCGCCUGGGAACGCGCCGACGUAUGGGAGUACGACGACUUAUCAACCGUCGCAAAAAUCAUCGUUCCAGCCAUCGAGUGGUACGCCGAGCACUUACAACGCAUACUCGAACAACCAGUCCUCGCAGUCCACCUUCCAAAAUGCGUCAGCUGCCAGUACAAAUAGUUAUUCCGCGACAGCUACGGUUUCACAGGCGAGUUACAACUCAACGUCAUUCCCGCAAUCUAACGCGUCGACCUUCAAUCAAGCGUCUCCUUCCGCAUCGGCGUCCGUAACUUCCGGUUACAAUCAACCCACCACCAGUAGUCAGGUCUAUCAGCCUACAAGUGGAUACGUAGCGGCAACAACAUCGCAAUACGCGCAAAGCGUAGCUACCAACACAGUAUCAAACAGUAAUGCAGGAUAUCAAGCUUAUCAGCCUGCUUAUCAAUCUUCUGUUACAACAUUUACAUCGCCGAUAACACAGAAUUCCGGUGUUUAUCAAAGUGCUGCACAAUCUGUUUAUGCGAGUCCAUAUGGCAGUUAUGCUAGCCAACCGCAAGCAACGUCUCACACGAAUCAUAAACUAAACAGUACUACAACGAAGGAUUCGCAAUAUGAUAGUAGUGCGACGACGUCGAACAGUUCUCUCGCGACAACUAGCGCACCGACGUUGGGUCUCACUUCAACCUCCGUCAAUAGUUCGCAGACCAAAGUAACGAAUUCAAAUGCUGUACCGAAAAGCACGUCGAGCGGAGUAGUGACGGGCAACAGCGGUAACAUGACUGGUGGUGCAGCCGGAAGUAUGACUCCGAUGCUGAGUCAUCAGUACAUUAUGGGUCAAGCUGGUGUACCAUAUGCGGCUUUUCAGCAACCAGUGUACAGCUAUGAAGACCUACAGUUGGUGCAGCAACGGAUACCUCAUAUGCCAACUACUGGUUACUAUGACGCGGCCCUGGGCUAUCAGACUACCGGUCCCGCUACGAGUCUCGGUGGUGGUAGAGGUGACGCGCUCUCCGGCGUGCAAGGCGUUCAAGGUGUGCAAGGUGUGCAGGGAGCCUAUACCAGUAUUAGCGACGCAAGAUUCGCCAGAAACGACAGUAACGCAUCCCCGGUACCUUCCACUAUGUCGCAGCAGACUGCUACGCAACAGCCAAUGAUGAAUCCCACUCUUCCUCCGGGAUAUGCAUACGCUUUUACGUACAGUAGCGGAAUUAUGCCGGGAGGUUUUCAAUAUGGAACUCCCGCUAUUUAUCCGCAAAUAGCGACGGCCGGAAACGCUGGUACAAACAGCGGCGCGUACAGUGCCAAGCCAGGUAGUUACGGAUCCGGUUAUGGCGCCGGCGCGAGCUAUGAUGCGCUAGCUUCCGCCGGUCCGUCCGGGGAGUACAAAGGCACUGGCAGCAGUUACACCGGCACGCAGACCGGCAAAACUGGCACUUCCACAGGAAAUACUAAUACCGCUGGCUCUUCCGCGACGGAUAUCAGCGCCACAAUGUACGCUAAGAGUCACGUGGCUCUCGGAAAAGUAAACUCUUAUGAAAAGCAGGCUUUCCACUCGGCUACGCCGCCACCGUUCGGUCUUACGGGUAGCCAAAACGCUGGCUUGCCCGGUGGUUACGGCACGCCGCAUCUAUUCAUCCCGACUAUACCGCAUCAGCUGCAUCAACCGCUUCAUCAGGAUGGCGGCAACAGCACGGGCCAGAGGUCCAAUACGAGUUCGCAGAAUAAAGCUCAAGCAAAGCCUGGAUACAGUCCGAGUUAUUGGACCGGCAGUAAUUAAAAUGGAGCUUCGAACUUGACACACACGCAUGGCAAAUUGAUCCAACAUCUUACUAGUAAAAGAAGAAAUGAAAUCGUUUGCCACAAUUGUGUGAAAUGCAGAUGGUACGAGACUUUGACUCUUCAUUCCGCAUUGACUCGUGUUUAUAUCGGAAAGAAAGAUAUUUUGACUUCGGAAAAAAUAAUAUACUAUUAUUUUUCUUUGUUAUUUUCAACAAUUGGCGACGUCAAUGAGAAUGGAAUAAAGAGUGAAUAUUUUUGAAAAUUGAAA